CAUUAACACGAAAAGAUUAUCCCUUGCGCCAUCGUCCGAUUUUUCUGGAAGGAUUCGACUUCGAGUGUGACUCUCUUCUUCGGUUGGAGAUUAGAUUAGUUACUCGCGACAUGAGAUCAAUGGCUUUGUGUGGUAUAGGCACAAUCACAUUCACAGCAAUGUCUCGCGCUUUAAUCUUCACCUCCAACACCAAUUCUUCAUUCUUAUUCCGCACCUGCCUCCUUAGCAGAUUUUCCACAUCACUUUCACAUCCUUCAUUCGCAUCCAUUUCCGCGUACCCUUCCAUUCCUCUCAAAGUUUCAAACUUUGAUGCCACUCAACGGCAUUUCAGCUCCACCAAGAAACCCAUCGACACCAAGGUCAACUUCUCACUCUCCGAUUCAGAUUCCGAGAGCGACGAUGAUACCCAGGAAGAAACUGACAAGAAUAAUAACACGAAGCUACCACCCCCUUACGACCCCUUCAGUAAAAAGCCAGCAAUAGAAGAACCCAAAGACCCAAAGGACUUGCAAGAGAUUUUCCACAACAUGAGGAGCGGCGACGGGUUAUUCAACCACGCAGUUAAGAUGUUCGACGCUUUGUCCAAAGAGGGUCUCACCCACGAGGCAUUGGAGCUGUUCGGGCAGAUCAAAGACAAGGGUCAGAUGCCCGACGUGGUUGCCCACACUGCCAUACUUGAGGCUUAUGCUAAUGCGGGUCAGCCAAAGGAGGUUCUCAAGGUUUACAUGCGCAUGCUUGCUUCUGGGGUCUCUCCCAAUUUUUACACCUACUCCGUUCUCAUUAAGGGACUUACUUCUGAUGCCAAGUUUCAGAGAGAUGCCAACAAGUUCCUUUUGGAAAUGAUGGACAAAGGGAUGAGACCCAAUGCUCAGACUUACACCUCCGUGUUUGAGGCGUUGGCGAGGGAGGAGAAGCAGGAUGAGGCUACAAGGUUGCUGGAGCAAAUGAAGGCCAAGGGGUUUAUUCCCGACGAGAAGGCUGUCCGGGAGGUUCUGAACAAUAAAAGGGGCCCUGUAUUUAGAACAGUCAUAAACAUUAUCUUUGGCAAGUAGCUAGUAAAGAGUGGUUGGACUUGAUUUGGAUGAUGUUUUGGGUGGCAAUGAAAUAUUGACAUGUUUGUCUUUGGGUUUUAUACUAAUGGUAUUUGUUGGUAACGCAUUUCACUUGGGUCAGCGUGGGUUGUAAAUUGCUAAUACCAACACUAAUCUCAAAUUCGAGAAGCUUGAUUUGAGGAAAAUUAUAGCGAACGACUA